GAAAACCGAAAAAGGGCAUGAGGUGUACUGCCUGAGUUCGCCGGACCGCCCCUUUGACUUUUGGGUCUCUUACCCAAAGAAUGAUAAAGUUGUUUUUAUCUCAAGAAAUCGAUAAAAAAGAAAAAACCCUGCGCUUGGAAACUUAGCUGACAGGAAGAGAGGUGCGCAGCUUGGAGUCUAAGAGCUACCUCGGGAGCCCCGAGACGGGUGGGCCGCGGCUACUCUAACGCUCGGAUCCUCCCGCGGUACGUAACGCGGAAGAGCUCGGGAAAGAAUUGGUGGCCUUCGGUUAUGAGGAACGAGAAAGGACUGGAAGUAGGAGGAAGGCUGAAUACUCUGGGGAGUGAGACAAAGAGAGACCUAAAUGGCUGGCGCUGGAGGUCUGUUAUGGAAAAACUAGAAAAAGCAGCGAGAGAGGAAGAAAGGAGGCGUCUGCACUGAGGGACCCUAGGGGAGAAAAGGGUGGGUUCUGCAAAUGGAAGAAAGUUCCCUCUAGAAAGUAGGAGGCGAGCUCUGCAAGAGGGAGGCAGAUUGGGGGAACUGGAUGGAGGCUCUGCGCUGGGAAUGAAGAGGGGUAUCUUCUGUGGGGUAAUUGAGGAAGGGGACCUGAAGUCCAUACAGGAGUAAUGUCUGCACAGAAAUAACUAAGGAGAGCUCCACCCUUAAGAUGGGGAUACCUGCUUUGGAUGAUGUGGGUGAGAGGGAUUUACAAUAGAAAAGAGAAAGGUCUACACUGGCGAAAUUGGGGUAGAGCGGCCGCACGCUUGGGAAGGAAAAUGGGUCUGCACUGAUAUGGGAGCGAGUCUUCGGUGGAAGAGGGAGCCUUUCUGGAUGAUGGAAGGAUAGAAAGAGGAGGUCUCCUGUUUGUACCCCAAGAAAACAGGUGAAGGGGCCUGCAUCCUGACCUGAGAGAAGGAGGUGCGGAACCCGGGCCAGGUAGGCCGGGAGGCUGCCCGCGCCCAGGAGCUGCCUUGUGCGCGCAGGCCUGACCAUGGGAACCCAAAAGCCGCGAAUCUUGCCCUGGCUGGUGUCGCAGCUGGACCUGGGGCAGCUGGAGGGUGUGGCCUGGCUGGACAAGAGCCGCAAGCGCUUCCGCAUACCCUGGAAGCACGGCCUGCGUCAGGACGCUCAGCAGGAAGACUUCGGCAUCUUCCAGGCCUGGGCCGAGGCCAGUGGUGCCUACACUCCAGGAAAGGAUAAACCUGAUCUGCCCACCUGGAAGAGGAAUUUCCGGUCUGCCCUAAAUCGGAAAGAAGGGUUACGAUUAGCUGAGGACCGGAGCAAGGACCCCCAUGACCCUCAUAAGAUCUAUGAGUUUGUGAGCCCAGGAGCUGGAGACUUUUCCCAGGUUGAUACCUCUCCAGACACGAGUGGCAGAGGCAGUACCUCAGACACCCAGGAAGACAUCGUGGGGUUAUUGAGCGACAUGGUCUUGGCUCCAAUCACAGAUGUGGGGCCCCUGGGUCUGGCUGAUGUGCCUGAGCACUGCUCUCAGCUCUUAUUGAGCCCCAACUUGGAAAAUCCCAUGCCCUGCCCAAACCUGGCACCCCCUGAAAACCCACUGAAGCGGCUGUUGGUACCUGAAGAACAAUGGGAAUAUGAGGUGACUGCCUUCUACCGGGGCCGCCAAGUCUUCCAGCAGACCAUCUUCUGCCCAGGGGGCCUACGGCUGGUGGGCUCAGAAGCUGGGGACAGGACACUACCUGGACAGCCAAUAACAUUGCCAGACCCCGGGGUGUCUCUGACAGACAGAGGAGUGACGAGCUAUGUGAAACGUGUACUAAGGGGUCUAAGAGGGGGACUGGCACUCUGGCGGGUAGGGCAGAGACUCUGGGCCCGGCGGCUGGGGCACUGCCAUGCAUACUGGGCUGUGGGCGAGGAGCUGCUCCCUGACAGUGGACACGGGCAUGAUGGUGAGGUCCCCAAGGACAAGGAUGGAGACGUGUUCAACUUGGGGUCCUUUGUGGCAGAUCUGAUUUCCUUCAUGGAAGGAAGUGGACGGUCACCACGAUACACUCUCUGGUUCUGCAUAGGGGAGUCAUGGCCGCAGGACCAGCCAUGGGUGAAGAGGCUUGUGAUGGUCAAGGUGGUUCCCACAUGCCUCAGGGCCCUGCUGGACAUGGCCCGAUCAGGGGGUGCCUCCUCACUGGAGAAUACUGUAGACCUACACAUUUCCAACAGCCAUCCCCUCUCCCUCACCUCUGACCAGUACAAGGCCUACCUACAGGACCUGGUUGAGGACAUGGAUUUCUAGGUCAGUGGGGAGGCCUGAGCCAUGACUCUUCACUUUGACCAAUAAACCAUUUUCCUGCUA